UUCUGCUGAUAGAGAUGUCGAAGUUGGUCCUGCUGUUUCUGAUUGUGGCUGCGUUCCAUAGCUCAGCACGACAAGCUCGUUGCAUUGGACUUCACAAGUAUUUCUUCCCAAACUUUAAGGCAAACUGGUUCAAGGCCAAUGAGUACUGCAACUACCUCGGGAUGCGACUCGCGAUCAUCUCCAGCCAGGAAGAUCAAGCCAAACUGAUCGAAGUGCUCAAAUCAACCGACCAGUUUACGGAGAGUACGGAAGUUUGGAUCGGCGCCAGCGAUCUAGCUGAGGAGGGAAACUUCCACUGGGUGGCGACCGGAACGAGGCUGCAGUUCACCCGGUGGCACCCACACCAGCCGGAUAACGGAAUCCCCUCCGAAGGGUGGGACUGGCACUGGAAUGAUCGAGGCUGCAGCACGAGCCACUAUUUUGCCUGUGAAAAUGUGGAGGGCAGAGAGAUUGUGCAAUUUUGAGUGGGAGUUGAACUGGGUUUGAACUAGUUACUGCCCACCAUUGAAAAAACGGCUAA